AUGACAGCCACAUACUCGGAUACGAUGGACCCGCGCAAUCUUUACGACUGGGAGCUGUCCGAGGAUACUACCACCCUCCCAGACCCAAGACCCUUGACUGAGUCUACGCCAGCCACCUAUAUGAUUGCCCAGGGCCGCCUCUUCCGUGCUUUGGGCCGUAUUCCGGUUUUUAACAACACCCCGGGCCCCUACUCUUAUGACACUGUCCUCGAAAUUGACAACGCCGUGCACAAGGCCUAUCAGAACUUCCCUCCGCACCAUGAAAAUGGACGGUGCCGGAGACGGGACAAACUCCGGGAAAGCUACAUCCAACUUCUCAAAUCUGAGCCUGUAGUCUAUGUAUCACAAAGGGAUCUGCACCCUACACUGAAAGCUUAUGGCCAAAGGCAGAAUCACUCCCCAAUUCAAAUUCUCUCGGGAUCGGUGCAUUUCAUCUACUCUGACACUCCUGAACUAUCAAAAGAUCUUGGAUCCAUAUUGCUCGAGUUAGGACAGAGAUUCCCGGAUGUGGACGCAUCCUCUGACACCGAGGCUCUCUUGCAGACAUUGGAAAUGUAUUCUACUUAUUGGGAAAAGGCGAAAGACUCUUGUGAUGAGGCCUGGAAGGUCCACCAGAUUUUGUCUGGAAUGCUUUCAGGUUUUCGACCAGGCACAGCAACCGAUUUGCCCCAGACAUUACCAUCAGGACUAUCAUUUGAGAUCCCGGGUUUUAGUCCACAGCUUCCAGAACUCACCAGUGAUUGCAAGGUCAAGAAUGAUUUAUCUAACAUGGGCAUUGAUUGGGCUACGUGGGACGCCUUCAUCGAAGAUGCUACUUUUGAAAACGGACCUGUAUAUCGAAACACUGCAUUCCUUUAA